UCAGUAGAGGAGGUAAAUUUAAAAACAUCAACAAACAAACCAAACAUGGAUCUCAGAAAUUUCUCUAAAUCUGGAGAACUUAAUCCUUGGAGUGAUGCGGAUUCUGCACUUUCUCCACUUUUAAACGUGUUGAAUAUUGUUGAAAAGUUGGGAUACGUUCAGAAGACCAAAGAUGAUAAGAUAAAGAGUUCAUCGCCUUCCAUAGCUUUGAUAGCAUUGCUGAAAGAAACAUCAAAAAUUCAGAGAGAAUUGCAUCAGGUUGAUCUGGAUAUCCAAAGGAGAAUGCAAGACAAGGAAACUAGUGACAUCACCCACCUUGCUGUUAGAGAGAAAAGAAUAAAGGAUAUUCAAAGUUUAAAUGGUCACAUGCAAUCCAUCAUUGACAGCAAAAGUCAGUUAAAAACCCGACUUCAACAACCUUUUGUAGGCGAUUUUGUAAAAAUUGAAGCACAGUACCACAGAUAUGCGGCGGAACUAUUUCCUCAGAUUGCCCCCAUACUUGCCGAUUUGACCACUCAUCUAGAAAAUAUAGCGUGGGUCAAAUCAUUGUCCUUCAGUGAUGGAAAAAUGGACAGUUUGUUAAGUGAUCUAAACAACACAUUAGCAGGAUUACAAACAACAUUCCAGUUGUUAUGUCAGAUGAGGAAUAACAUGGCCCAGUUUCAUCACAUUGAUAUCAAAUCCUGACAAAACAAUUUUUUAAAUCAUAUCAUUACAUCAUUAAAUAUUCAUAACUAUU